AUGGGGCAGCGGCGGGGCCCGGCCGUGCUGCUCCUCGCCCUCGGGCACCUGGCCGGGCUGCUGGCAGCGGGACCCGCCUGCGCCGGCGCUUACCGCGGCCUCUCGGACUGCGUCCUCAAGCUGGGGGACAGCAUGGCCACGUACGAGGAGGAGGAGGGCAUCGAGCUGCAGGGGCUGCGCAGGGUCUGCAGGUAUUGGGAUGAAUUCCACACCUGUGCCCUGACAGUGCUCUGGGAGUGCCAGAAGGAAGCAGCAGCUGUCUGGGAGAUGCUGAGAAGCGAGUCCCGAAAAACCAAAUUUCAAGGCAGCUUGUUUGACCUCUGCAGCCCCAGCAUGGCCCAAAGCUCUGCCUGGACCCAUGUUCCCAACAUUUCCAUCCUCAGCAUCCCCCUCAUCGUCACUUGGCUGAACUUAUAA